AUGGGCUUACCGGUAUGUAAACAUGGAGGCAAAGCGUCGACAUCGACGUCUGGUGCGGGUGAUCUUUUGAAACAUCUUGGUGUUGACUUAUCUGUUGUCAACGCCAAAACCACACCUGAAAUCGUGAAAAAUUGCCAAUUCUGUUUCUUGUUUGCGCCCUCUUUCCACCCAGGAAUGGGCAAGGUGGCCAGCAUACGGGGACAGCUAGGAAUCCCCACAAUCUUCAAUAUUUUGGGACCACUCAUCAACCCAAUACCGAUCCAAGCUCGUAUUUUGGGAGUCUACAGUGAAAAAUUGGGUGAAUCGUACGCUCAGGCAGCCGCUAAAUUGGCUGAAACGAAUAGUGCCCACGUAAGAACUAUGGUAGUUUUCGGAGAAGUGGGCUUGGACGAGAUUUCACCAAUGGGUCCCACAAAGUACUGGAUGGUCGAAUCCGAUGGAACAAUUACAAAAGGUACAGUUACACCCUACGACUUUAACUUACCCGAACACAAGCUCGACCACGUUCGCUCUGGAACCCCCGAGGAAAAUGCACAGAUUCUCUACCAUAUUCUCCGUCAAGAUGACCCCGAGUUCAAAAUCAAGCCUUCUCAAAACCACCCUAUAGUUGACUAUAUUUUGAUGAACAGUGCCGCCUUGGCAGUCGUGGCUGGUCUCACGGACUCAUGGCCCGUUGGAGUGGAGCUUGCGAAGGCAGCAAUCACGAGUGGAAAUGCAUUGAAAGAAUUGGAAACUUUCGUAGAAGUCACAGCAUCCUACUCAAAACAAUAG